AUAUAAUAAACUAAAUAAAAAUGAACCCGAUUAAUGACGUAGUGUGCAACAUACUGGAAACUCCCUUCAGGCAUUGGAUGGAUGAAGAUAAAAGGGAUGUGCUGUUAUAUGGUCGACCAACCAAUAUUCUAAGCAUAGAAAUAAAAAAGGAAGCAAAGAAAAGAGGCAAGUCUUAUAAUAUUAAUUUUAAAACUUCUUGGUUUACCGAAUUUAAUUGGCUGUGUAGCAGCACGGUGCUGCAAAGAUUAUAUUGCUGGCCCUGUUUACUAUUUUCAAACAAACAAUCUGUAUGGAAUAGAGAUGGCUUUACAGAUUUUAUUAAUAUUAAUAGGUCCUUGCAUAAACAUGCAGAUUCUGGAGAGCAUUUAAAAUGCCGAUUAAUGUUCAGAAACUUUGAAAAUAAUCAAAACACCAUUGCCGACGCCUUAAAAGAAAAUGCUCGACUAUAUAAAUUAAAAUUUAAUGAAAAUGUUAGAUUAAAUAGAAUUUGUAUGAAAACAGUUAUCGACGCAGUUUUGUAUCUCAUUAAACAAGAGUUGCCGUUUUGCGGACAUGACGAGAAAAUUGACUCAAUAAACAGGGGAAAUUUUGAAGAGUUAUUAAAUUUGUUAAUGGAUGUAAGCCCUGUCGAAACCAAAAACCACUACAACAAAAUUAAAAAUGUUUUUAGUGGGGAGUCAAAAACAAUUUCAAAUGAGAUAAUUGAAUGUAUUUCAAAUUACAUUAGUGACUACAUUAGAUCUGAAAUUAAGGAUACUAAUUUUUUUUCCCUCCAAAUUGAUGACACUACUGACAUAACUCAGACCUCACAGUCAUCGAUAAUAUUAAGAUUUGUUAAUUCUCAAGGGAUAUUAGUAGAAAGGUUUUACGGAUUUUAUGAUGUUAGUGCUGGGAAAACUGCUGAUCAUUUGUUCACUAUUGCUGCAACAGUUUUAGAACCUUUAGAAUACAAAGAUAAGCUUAUAGGACAGUGUUAUGAUGGAGCGAGUGUGAUGUCAGGGCAUUUGAAUGGACUUCAGCAAAAAAUAAAAGAACAUGCCCCACAAGCAAUUUUUGUGCAUUGUCUAGCACACCGACUUAAUCUUGUUUUACAACAGAGCUUUAGGAAGAUUUCAAAAUGCCGCAUUUUUUUUGCAACUAUUGCAGGAAUUCCAUCAUUUUUCUAUAGUUCACCAAAACGAUCCUACUCUUUGGCAUCUACAUCAGCUAGACGUAUGCCAACAAUUACAGAGACACAAUGGACUUCUCAUUCAAAAUUAAUCAACGUAAUUAUUGAUGACUGGCAAAAACUGAAACAGACUUUUGACAGUAUUAUGAAUUCUAAAGAGUCAGAUCAUAAAUCAGUUCAGUUGGCUAAAGGCUUUUUAAGAGAGUUUAAUGACUUUGAGUUUACAUUUUUAGCAACAGUGUUUAGCGAUAUUUUCAAUUUAACAGAUAUUUUAUAUGAUGUUCUUAAAAAAAAAUCCCUGGAUAUUAAUUAUUGUUUAAAACAAAUUAAAGGAACGCGUCAAUUGUUAAGCAAUAAAGGAAAGGAAGAAGUUUUUAAUACAAUUUUUGAUAAAGCCAGCAGUCUGACUACCAUAAAUACAUUGAAAAGAUGUGAAGCUGGAUUGAACAAAAUAGAAAUUAUCAAACCAUAUAAAGCUUUAUAUUUUGAAAUAUAUGACCAUGUUUUAUCAGAAAUGGAUGUACGUUUUCAAGAUUGUGAGAAAUUAAAAUUUGUAUGCUUAGCAGAUUCAACAAAGUUUGAAAAGUACAGUUUAAAAUUUCCUUCGGAUGCUUUUCAAAAUUUACCAGAAUUUUAUGGCACGAAGUUCACGAAACAACAAAGACUAAAAAAUGAACUUUGCCUUCUGUAUACUGAUGAAAAUUAUAAAAAUGUGAAUUUGCAAGAAUUAAUAAUAAAGUUAAAACCAAAUAAAGACAUUUUUACGGAAGCUUAUAAUUUAUUUUGUCUAAUUCUCACCAUUCCAUCGACAAGCGUGUCCUACGAAACGAGUUUUUCAUGUUUAAAAAGGCUAAAAACAUUUACAAGAAAUACUAUUUCACAAGAAAGACUUUCCAGUUUGGCUAUUAUUUCACUACAUAAAGAACUAUUAAAAGAACUUAUGCAAAUGCAACAUCCAUUUUACGAGGAUAUUAUUAACCGAUUCACUUCCCUAAAGGACCGAAGGAUCGACUUGAUUUAUAAAGACUAGGUAUUACAUAACAUUCCGUCAUCUUUGUACUAUUGUCAGCAGCUACUGUUCUACAUGUUCAAAAGUGCUCAAUUCUUCAUAAUCAUAUUAUUUUUUUUAAGUUGAUAAUCUAAUAAUAAAAAAUGACCACCGAAAUAGUAGAGACCACCACCAUGACUUACGUGGUAGAAAAGACAAUGGCUUCUAAAUGGAAUAGCAGUCUGCAUGAUGUGUCGCUCGAAGAUCUAAAAAUGGACUCCAACUUCUUAUACUUACUGUUUUCUCUAAUAUUUGCCGUUAUGUGGGUGGUUUAUAUUACUUUUUAUAACUCCAGGAUCUUGGGUUAUGUCAUAACGAAAGUUGCGAACAAAUUUAUGAAGGAAGGAUAUUUUAAGAUAGGCUCCCUUAGUGUAAAUGCUCUAUCUGGAAAAAUUAUGUUGAGAGAUUUCGUAUACAUUACACAUGAUUACACAGUAAGGAUACAGGAUGGCUACUUGAUAUUUAGAUGGUGGCGGUCUUAUGUCCCCAGGGAUGUUAGUGAAGAUUUGUCACAUUCUGAUACAAGACUAUCAGUUAUGCUGAAUGGUUUUGAGCUGCAUGUUUACAACAGGUCCCAAUUGUAUUCAAACUUAGAAAAAACAUUUGGACUGGGAUCCAACAUUUUUCCAAAUAACAAAGACAAUCACACAGUUGAUGGAGAUGAAAAAAACGAUAAUGAAGUCCAAGCCCAAUCUAAAAAGAAAACUAAAAAACAACGGCCAGAAGCAGCCAUGGCCCGCACGUGGCGCGAUCUCAUUCCUGUUAUUAAAUGCGACGUCAUCUCAAGUAGGAUCGUUUUUGGAAACCGCCUUGUUCCUACCACGUUGAGUAUCACAUUUGAAGAAAGCCAUUUUGUUUACUCAACUAAACCAGCUGUCUGCAUGUUAGAUCGAUUUAUGCAUUUCGUCAAAUGCAAGGCGGAGAACGUCAGAGUAAUGCUCUCACCUAGUUUGAAAUAUACUGGUAUGCUGGAUGAGCCACCGCGUUAUAUGGGAGAAGGAUUUGUGCUUAUGUCAACGAAUGAUUUAGAACUUUACUUUUACAUGGAUGAAGCUGGUAUCGUUCCAGAGGAACCAGUGUUAAUUACACUUGCCAAUGGAGAUAUAGUUGAAUCAAGUCCACCUCAAUGGGGAGUUGAUAUUAAAUGCGGAAAAGGCACCAAUUUCAGCUAUGGGCCUUGGGCGGAUAGGCAGAGAGAGCAUCUCUAUAAGUUUUUCUAUCCACAAGAUUUUAUUCCUAUGGAGCCCACUCCUCCUCCUAAGCCUGGUGAAAAAAGGGUGAUGCAUUCGUUUGAUGUAAGGCUGGUCAUGCAAAAUGAUUCUAUUAUAGACAUUUUGUUUACGAAAGAUAAAGAAACCAACGCGGUUCAUAUAAAUGUUGGAGCUGGAAGUUAUUUAGAGGUAACGAUUCCUUGGAUUACAAAAGAAACUGGAUUUUCAACAAAAAUUAAUGGCCAGCUGCUUCAUUUAGAAGCCACUACUAGUUUGCAAUUUAGAGAAUUAGUAGAAAGUGAAACAUUGGAAUUUUGUAUUCUUUGCCAUUAUCCUUUGGUAUGGAACGAACAUCAGCUAUGGGAGGUUAAUUUGACCGGUUGCAAGGCUACUGUUGGAAUAAUAUUUUACCAUAAAUGGUUUUUUACUGAUUUAAUAAAUGACUGGGCUUCAAAAGCAAGACCGGAUAUAAUGCAUUUUGUGCCAUAUACUUGGAGGUUUGGACUCACUUUAAAACACUGUGAAUUGCUUACUCUGAUAAACCAAUAUAAUUGGAUCGACUGUAGUAGUGCUGGACAAAGAAAUAGAUUAGAAAAUACGCAAGUAGCAUUAUGUGCCCAUUUUUUGCACAUGUCCUUCGAUUUGCCAUUUGACGAAUUUUUACCGGAGACUGUUCCUAUUAAUUUGGCAAUUCAGGGUGAAAGUAUUGAUCUUAGUUUAUUUAUACCAGAAUUCCAUACUAGCAGAAACAUUACCCAGUCGUUAGAAAAAUACGCUAAAGUCUUGAGUAAAGACGGAUCUGUAACUAAAAAGACUGAAAUUAUACCAAAGUGGCGUAACGUUUGCCAAAGCAGUGCCGGUUGGGUCGAUUUUUGGUGGAUACCCAUAGGAGCAAUAAACAUCUCCUAUGUGUACCACCCCUGCCCGCCAUUAGGGCCUCAGCCACAAGCAGACAUUUCAACCCCCAUGAAAGAAGAAAUCCUGUUAUCUCCUAUGAGAUUUCCUCAUCACAGGAAGAAACGUAAAAGAUCUCUGGAAAGAAGUCAGAAAUUCGAUCCCAACACAUUAAAACCUGAUUCUGUAAGCGUAGAAUUAGAAAUUGGUCCUUCAGUGGUAUUAUUAUAUGGAACUGCUUUAAAGAAUUUUAUGAAUUUUAAGGAAAAUAUUUUUGGAGAAUAUCAGUCGUUCACUGAUAUGCAGCAAGGACAGGCUACUGAAAGUGCAUCUAGUACUGAUUUGAAAUCUGAGGACAGCAGCGCCAAUAUACCUUUACAAUUAAGGGACGAUUUUGAUCAUAGAAACUAUCGACCUUUAGAUGUUGAUGUUUCUAUUGUUGCGCAUGAUGUGCAAGGACACCUUUUAAAGGCAUGUAAUGAAAAAGAUCCCCCAUGCCCAGUCAUUUUGGUUGAACGGUUCGGGUUCGAAAUGAAGAAAAGAUAUGAUCAAACGGAACUUCAACUCUUAUUAAGUCCAGCAAUUCUGCUUGUAUCUGAUAACCUGGUAAGGCCAACUAAAGAUCAACACUUAAACCAGGGAAAGUUGGUUUUAAGUUCUCUGCAGAUUCGCGGCCAUGCAAUGUUUUCUGACGUGGGUCAGUCGUUAGAUCAAGAUACGGUGGAGUACGCGUGGCUGGUUGAAAUGCAACUUGGUAAACUUAGCGGAAAAGUAACGACACCUCAAGUUUAUUCAAUUUUGGCAAGCUUGGAAACUCUACUACUGUUGAUAGUUGAUGACGAAAACGAGUUAAAUUCACCGGCGGAAGAUAAGCUUUUGAGCCAGCCGGUGGUCAAGAAAAAGGAACCAAGCACUCAAAAUGUUCACGUGCAGCACGUUCAACAAGCGAUCCAGCACUUGCUUCAACCCAAAAACAGUGGCACCAGCCUGAUUACCAAAGGAUCAGGUUUGAGUUCAACCCAAGGUAAGGGAGAUCAGAAACAAAGGAAAAGGGACAGUGAGGACAGAACGCGAAACUCCGUUAGAAUUUCAUCUGUUGCACAGCCAUCAUCGGAAGACCCAGUUAAUGUUAGCAGUACUUCGAAUGUCACUUAUUCAGAACAUAAGUUGAAGUAUAAGUUGGUCCGAGUGGCUGUUGACGCCAUUGACUUUUGGUUGGUAGAAAGUGGUGCUGCCUUACAGUUAUGGCUCUCACCGGUUCGACUUGCAAGCUGCAAUCUUCACGGAAAGCAAGUCAACUCAGGACUUUCCUGUGUAAUCUAUAGUAUGUCUCUAAGGCAGUUAGUGUGGCAUCCUCAUAAAUACAACCACAGCAAACAAAACAAUAUGGAACAACAAGACCUUUGGCUCGAGGUAGGCGCUAUUAACUUCGGUCCCUUAAUAAUCGAGUCCGCAAUUUCUGGGGAUAAUAAAGAUCAAAACGUUUAUCAAACGCAACAAAAAUUCUUGAGAAUGCAUGACGAAAAACUGAAGAAGUUGUGGUUCCUCUGGCCAGAUUUGAACAAGACAACUGGCAAGUGUGGCUGUACUGGAGGCUGUACGUUUUUUGGAAGUAACAAAAACGGAGCGAGAUUUUUUAAGCCAUCCAAAAAGGAUUUAGAAGACGGAUUGAAUAUUGCAGCUUUCAGGGUCAAUGAACCCGGCCGAGACCCAGGUUACGGACAGAGCAUCCUCCACGAAAACUCCUUAAUAUUCCGUACGCCACCUUACAUUUUUGGCGAGAUAACGCUCCAGGAUACUCUCAAACGGUCGAGUUUUAAGAAUGCAUCGAACUCAAAAAUAUCUACUUUGGAAAGAGAAAAGUCUGUUGAAAAAGAAGGAAUACAACUUAGUAGUCCUCUUAGUGCUAUUGAUAGAAAAAGUAAUAGGCGAUUCUCUUCUACAUCGAUAAAAAGUUCUAUAGUGAAGGAAGUACCAUACUCCCGUCUCAUUGAUAGUAGUCCAUCCAAUCUUCCCACAAAAUUGGAUAGCGAUUCAAAACUAAACUCGGAUAAAACAAAACUGAAUGUAGCUGAGACGUCAGAUUUGCUUCCAAAAAAUUCCGUAUCAGAUUCCAAAUUGGCUGUGGAUUAUUUCACCCAUAACAAUGGAGAUGUUAAAAGUGAUGAAGUUAAAACUGACAUAUCUGUCAUCAAAAGGGAAGAAAAUGGAAGAAAAUCCAAUGAAGUAAUAGUGACUCCGCAGUUUAUGUCCAAAAGUUUUAAUGCCAGUGAAAGUAUUCAUUCUUUGGGUGGAAUGAUUACGAGUGAAGAAAAAUUAUUAAAAGAGGUACAGAGAACUACGUCAAUGUCAAGCGAGAAUCACUCGGAAGCAUUUUUCUCCGCAGACGAAGAUAUUAAUUUAGCGUCCAGAAGUUCUAGCCUAAGAAAUUCUAUUUUAAGUUCCGGAGAUGCUUUCCCCAAGCAAGAAAGUAGCAGUGUACCUCCACAAAGAAAAAAAUUUUCAAGCGAGUUAAGCAUAGUGACGGAUAGAAAUGGAAUUUCAAGCUAUCACAGAACCAUUCAAGCGCCUGGAUCAGCUCCGGAGACUGGAAAAUUACGUCUUUCGACGCAUAGAAGUGACCAUGAAAUCCAUACACCGGAACACAGAACUGUCCAAGGUCUAGUUACACCGUAUCGGUACCCGACAAACCGUUCUGUUAGCCCUAGAAUUCUAACUGGCAAUAAUACACCCACCCUGGAUAACCAAGAAAAUGCCAUAAACGAUUUAUUAAAUGACAGCUCUGAUGAUACAGUCAGUAAUACUAGUUAUGUGUCUGCAGUGGGAAGUCAAGAAGAUUUUACUUUGGUCGAUUUACAUAUGCAGGUUAAUCGAUUAAUAGUAGAUUCUCCCAUGUUAAUGUCAAGUUACGUUACUCACUUGAGCCAGUUAAAGUGUCAAAAUUGGCAAUAUAAAGAAAAAGAAGACCCGUUUUCUGCUCCGAUGUUUGAGAGAAAUUCUGAAGGAAAGCUUGUAUACGUUGGUAGUAGAUUUGUACCAAUAAUGGAACCUCUGAGUAAUGGAAUUACAUCCCUAAAAAUGGUUUCGCGUUCAGAUUCUGGUAUGAAUCAAAAUAAAACUCCAACCUCACCAUACGUCUAUGUUUGGGAUAAUGAUGAAGUAGAAAAUGACUCAGGUUCGUUUCAAGAAGAAGAACUUUUAAGUGGCCAAAACGAUGCAGGUGUAAGAACGAUUGUUAUAGUAAAACUCAAAGGAGACCUUGAUGUAAUGAUUAGUCCUUUGCUUCUGGAGAGUUUACAGCGUUUCGUAGAUUCACUCACGCCUACUGUUUCCAAUCUGCAUCCUCUUACCGUGCUAAAUCAUUUGCACACAUCUUGUGUCGGACAGGUCACUUCAGUAAAUGUACUUAAAACCACUGAGAAUGUGGCUAAACUAUGUCAACCCGCUAUAGCCGGAACUGAGGCAACGACGGUUUAUGAAGAGACUAUUGUAAAGCAGUUACAGACUGCAAUAUUUUUGCCCAAAGUAAAUGUAACUUUGUUACAAGUGUCCAUCGUAGAAGAAAUAAUAUCGUUCUCAGCUUUAGACAACAUCAAAGAUCUUACAUGCGUUUCUUUAUUUUCCGUCUGUUUCGAUAAUAUAUCUGUAAAGUUCCAUUCAGAUCACCAGGCGAAAGAAGUAUUAGAAAGGUUCCUUCGACCUAGUGUCGUAAGAACAAAAAAUAAAGGCGCAAAUAUCGCAAAGUUUUUGGGUCUUCAGACGAAUACCAAUUCCGAUGUUAUACAAGGCGAACCAGUGUUUAUUGAGAGUUGCGAAAAUCAACAGUCACAAUUGGUUAUUUGUUUAAAUAUUGGAAAAGCACACGCACAAUUACGAAGAUUACGCAACGAAUCAUCUAUUCUCGAGGACGCUGUAAUUACCGCCAUACCUUCCUAUAAAUCCAAGGUGCUUUUCAUCCCUACCAAAGUGAAAUCUAUGUAUAGAGGGGUAGAAUAUUAUCUGCAGCCUCCAAUAAAAGAAAAUAAUGUGACCCAGUUAGAUGAGCUUGGAACAGAUGACAAGCUAGGUUUCAUCAUGUUUGAAGGAGGCCUGGAAGGAAUAUCUCUAAAAGUGGUUAAGAAAUCAAAGUUUGAACAAUCAGAAAUUGCCGUAAAUGCUUCUCUAGAUGCCUCAAGUGUUGAAGCAGCAAAAUCUUCCGAAAAUAUUGAAUCGGUGACAAAUACCCCAAAAACUGGUACAGGGGAGCCCAAUCGCAUUUCAACGAGCAAAGAAACGAAUACCCCUAAAGUCGAAAAGAAAAACAUCGAGGAAGAAAGUCGCAACAACGAAUUAGAAAAGGACAACGGAAAGGAUAGCGGCAACGUAUCUUCUUGUGUAAUCGAAUUAAAAGUUGUUUGGUUCAAUUUUGCAGCACCACCUAGAGCUCCAAUCACAAGGAAAAUUGAUUACACUCGUUUGGAUUGGAAUCUGUUGAGCACUGCUUCGCCAGCCAUUAAUGCAUGGAUGAACCCGAGUAACCGCCUAGCUAUUAGGAUUGUUCACAUGGUUAGGACUAUGUAUAAAAGGUCAACGGCUACAGUCGCUUGUCUCAUGGCAGAAGCUAUGGAAGGACAACAUAUACACACAUUACCAAAGAGCCGAUAUGGCAAACUUACGCCUUUAGGACAAACACUUCACGACGACCCUAGCCUCCAAUUAUGCCGCAUUCUAAGGAAGUUUUAUUUAGAAUGUGAUGCUUCGUACAUCGAAUCGAACUUAAAGGAAUCAGAAAUACCUCCUUUAUAUACGUUGAGACAAGGUGUAAUAGUACUAAGCCGCCAAUGGAAAAAUACAUUAUAUACCCCACUGAUGAGUCAAAAUCCUGUAAAAACGAGAUUUAAACCUAUGAAUGUGACUAUUGCAGUUCCAGAUAUUCAGGAGGAGUCGGGCUUUACGGACGGCGAACAAUCGGGUAACGAGGAGGCCGAUAUUACUGAUGAGCACGCGAGACUUCUUCACGCAGGCGUCAUACUCAGGCCAAAUGCACAGCAUAGAAAUUUGGUUCCUUGUAUGCCAUACAAAGAAUUAUCCUCAGUGCACCCUUCACCCAGAGCUGGAUUUACGGAAAACGCUAUUCAGACAUCACAAGUCGCAGUGGUUUCCGGUGGAGUCGAGAGUGUCUUAGCAUCACCCAGUCCUCCUGUAUUUCGUCCCGUCGUUUUAGUGCCUGUCAGAAAACGUAAAAAAAGCAUAGUGCCCGUCCAGCCGCCGAAUAGUAGUAGAGCGAGCGUGGUGCUGCCGCUUUUUACAGGUGCUGGUAACCCAUUCCAAAACCAGAAACGCUUGAAUGAAGAUAACAUUUGUUAUGGCACUCUUCGGGAAGACAGAACAGUUAUCAAUAUGGGUUCAGAUCCGAGUGACGCUUACGAAUCCAGCCCUGACUUGCCCUCCAGUCCGACACAUAGAGCUAUAGGACACGCCCAUUCUAGUGAGGACUUAUAUAGCUGGAUGGCUAAGCAAGAUGCAGAGAAAGAAGGAAAAUCACAGGAAGGUAUUGACCAAAGUAAAGUUAACACUCUUCACACCGAAUCAUCGGGAGAACCUGGAACUUUACCAAGAGCAAGUUUGGUCCCACAAGACGUUCCCUCCCAACCAAUACAAGAAUCUGUGAGACUUCUAGAUGCCAACCAAAUAUUUCAACCAUUUCUGUCUGGCUUGGGGGUAAUGCCUCAACAGUUAAGGUUCACUACAAUGUCUGAUUCAGGAGCUGGAAAUGAUGUAACAACCUUAGACGCACUUGGAUCUAAUCUUUGUUUGGUCGGUAAUUUAGAUACUCUUCGAAUCGAUAUUGUGGUGUCAGAGCAUGGAAAAAUUGAAAAAAAGAAGGGCAAGAAUAAGGGCAAAAGAGGUCUAGUAAUUGACGUUAAAGUUGGAGACGAAUCACCAUCGUUCGUAUGUGAGAAGGUGGGAGUAGAACUUGAAGUUGACAGAAUGACUGAUAUGGCCGUUAACGAUUUAAUGAAAACUAGAAAUGUUCUCUAUAUUUCUAGGGGACAGUUAAAGAAUCACACUUCAACUGUUAUUAACUUUACUAUGGGUGUAAGGUAUAUCCACCAAAGGGUAAACAUGCCUUUGCUAAGGCUAUUACAUCAAAUAAGUAACAUGUAUCAAAAUGUAAAAGACACGCAAAACGAAUUGAGAGAACAACAGCCUCCCGCUGAAAUAAAGAGACCAAAAACGAGUGCUAGCGACCAUCAUGAUCAAAAGCAUCAUAGUUCAGCUUCGGAUCUAUUGCAGGAUGUGCCAGCAAAUCUUUCAAAACAGUUGACCUUAAAAAUAUCUGAUGGAUCAUAUACUUCACAGAACAAGCCAGUUAUCUCACCGAGUCCCAGUUUAAGGUCUAGACCACAGAGCUUUGCACAGAAGUUAAGAUCUACAGGUAAAAACGUAAAAGGAUACGUAAACCUUAGCGAAGGAGUCGGCACACCGAUUAGUCUCAGUACCCCAAGCGGAUCUGCUAUCGAAAGAAUCACGGUUUCUUCAGACAAGAGUACAGGAAAAUGCUGGAAAACCAUUUAUUAUUUAUUAGAACUUUAUGCCAAUAUGCCAGAUACAAAAACUAUCAAACACAGAUUUUCAGUUGGUGCAAAUGAUAUAUCAGAACAUUACAAAGGCAAUCGGAAAUACGACAUUUUGUCUGAAAUGAAAUCAACAGAAGAUAUCGAAAAAGCUGAUGGUACUCCGCAAAUGAAUCAACAUAGAAAUGUCGGCACAGAAUUGUACAGGGAGAGCACUCAUGCUAGUGUGAAUAGCCAUACUAAAUUGGUGGUAUUUGGAGUAGCGAGAAUACAUAGGACUAGAUUAUUGGCUACUUUGUCUGGUCUGAAGUUAGAAGCUGAAAUAACAAGUUUACAUAGCAGUUUAACGGUUCGAAAAAAAUCAUUACCUCAAAUGUUGGAAUGUUCUCUCACUGGACAAGUAGGAAGAACAAUGAUAGUGUUGUUGGAAGGAGUAGCACCAAAUUUGCAAACUGUUGUCAAAGUUACUAUAGGUAAAUCUCAAGCCCUGUAUUCUUCAGUUACGAAACGUCAGAAAGACAAGAAUUCUGGUCUGUUGACAAUUGGUGCUGUAAACAUUGACAUUCCGCAACAUCCUGUUGCUCUGCAUGGAAUGGUCACGAGAGGAAGUAAACAACUGAGUUCAACACUCCAAGAACUUCGGGUUCAAAGAACCUCUAGCAGGAUGUCCAGAGGUCUACAAAUAGAUGAAGACCAACAAAAUUCCCCUAAUCAUCCAACAAAAGAAACUCCAUUAACUGGUGGGCCGAUACCGUGUAAAACGCCUACGGUAGAAAAGAGCCUCCUGCAGCCACUCGUUAUGCAGUUUUCUGUCAUUUUACAGAGUCUCAGCAUAACAGCCGCUCUGUUGCCUUCCCUGCAAGCCCAAUAUAAAAUGGAUCAAGUUAACAGCACAGGUUUUACUGGUAGUAAAGCCAAAUUUACCAUAGAUUUACCGCAUCAUAGUUUGAGCUUUACAACUAAAUUACCUCAAGGAUAUACAAGUGACAAAACCGAGGCAAACCUUCCAUCCGAAGCAAGUAUUGCUCUUCCAGCAGUUCACGUUAUAGCUGAGUACAUUCCUGAAACCACUGCCAACGGUUUAAGAAAUCCUGAAGGAGUGGUUUUUCGACAAGGUGGAUACUUGAAUGCCAACGCAGAUAUUGGCGUUUUCGAACAUAGUUUAACCACAGACUUACUAAACCAUCUUGUGUUUGUGCAGAAAGUUUUUAUGACGGAAGUAAACGAGGUAGUACAAAAGGUUUAUGGAGGUGAAAGACCAGUGCCAAUUUGGUUAGAAGAUACCGAAGAACCUUCUACCUUAAAUAGGCUCUUAUUUUCUUUAGUUAUAAAGAUACAGAGGAUACAGCUGACCGCUACUACAGCAGGUAGUUCUGCGGUUAGGUUAGAAACAGGUGCAGUAGUGCUAGAACUUUCCAAUCGCGUCCAGAACGUGUCAGGAUCAAAUCCAAGUAGUACCUCAGCUAGACUCUUUGGUAAAGCUCAAGUAGAUCUAAAUCUUUCUCUCGGUCAGAUUAUUCGAAACGCUGUAUUUGAGGAGGCAGACAUCGAAUAUCAGCACGUGGCAUUUUUCAAUACACAAAUUGUUCUACGUAACGCUUUUCAAGAUGAAAUUGUAGAGGGAGAAGAUAAAGAAGUGGUCCUUAUAACAUUAAAACGACCUUUGAUAUACGUCCAGCCCGUUGCCGUAGAUAAAGCAAUCCUGGUGUGGUUAAAUUAUAAAAAUGCUUAUGAUUAUUGGAAUGAGAAACGAGCCAACUUAAAUAGAGAUGUUAAAGAAGAAAAGUUCCAAUUAGGACAGAUAACUAGUCAAUUGGGUACGCCACAUUUAGGAACUUUAUUUUUGCAGUUAACUGUUGAAGAUAUGGGUAUUUGUUUGCCUCUGAACCAUCUACCAAUGACUUGGAAUGUUAGGUCGGGAUAUGAAGAUAGUAGAGGAGCAGUGGUUGUUACUUUGGAGAAUACUAGCAUAUCAGCUUGUAGCUCGGGAUCAUUGGUUAGCAAGGGUAAAUUUUCAAACCUUUGCCUAAGAUUCGCCGAAGAAUUUGAAACUUCAUUAGAUGACUGGAAACCAGAUAUGACAGACUCAUCAAUAAUGAAUUUAUGCGUAGUCAGCGAUGGAACGUAUGAAGUUUGUAGUCGCACUAUUGCUGCAAAGGGUAUCAAAGAAAAUGCUAAAUGGCUUUUAAACGUUCAGUGGCAAAUGGAAGGUGUAGAUAUUCAUUUAGAUACUAACGUUGGAAAACAGUUGUCUGCGUUAGGGCAUACUUUAACAAUGCUUACAGGUGCUGAAGAUACGGCUAUACCAUUCGAUUAUGAUUCUGAUGAUAAUGAUGCAACUGAUGGAACUAGGACAUCUCAGGAAAGUAUUUUGCCAGCCUUUGUGUUUGAUCCUACAUUAGAUAAUAAAAUUAGGUCGAAGUUAAUCGAGAAAGAAAUGAACGAGCAGGCUAAGAUAAUUACCGAUUUACGAUCACUGGGAGCCUCUCAUGGCACAAUCGAAUUAGAAAUGAAGAGACUUCAAGAAUUAGAAACUAUGGUUUAUAAAGAUUUUAGAAGGGAUAUGAUUCAAAAACUUAGAAGGCAGAGUAUGAGAGCAUCGUCUAUUAAAGGCAAAUUUGGUCUGGGAUCAAAAAGCAAUACCUUCCGAUCUAAAUCCUUUGUUGUACCAAGUCCAAUGCCGGAAGAUAAUGGAAGCCCUGGAAGUGCUAAACUGGAUACUAAUGCUGGUAGCUUUGAAAGUUCUCCCAGGUCUGGACCGUCUCGUUCGGCUUCCUUAAGAGUAAAAACAACAGAUCAAGGCCCCAGGGUUACAUUUAGUGAUACACAGACAAUGAGCAGGCAAAAAUCUCUACCUAGUGCAAGUUCAGAAAUAAGUCUGCCAGAAACUGAGCUAAAUUGGGUUGACCAACUCGACAUAGACGGAGAAAAGGUCACCCUAAGGAAGAAACUUCCCGCAUCUUACGAAUUUGGAGAAGGGUCUUUGUUAAUGGACAACUUCAAUCUGGACCAAGUUUUGACCUCAAGCCCAGUUCAAACGGCAAGUGCAAACGUAUCUCAAACAACUGGACCCCAAAAGUGUACAGAGCCAAAUGUUGAUCUAGAGCUGGAUGUUAAAGUAUUUAUAAAUAGCGGUAAAUGUGUUCUUCAUACCAAAGAUCAUAAAGAGGAAGAAAUCAAAAUGAGUCGAAUGAGAAAAGACAGAUCUUGUUCCGCUGCAGGCCUUUUAGAAUAUUCCACUAACUCAAGCCCGGAUGCUGUAAGAAAAAACAAAGACAAAUUAACCUCUCAAAGUAGCUCAUCGAAACUUAGAAGCACUCCUCAUAAUACUUUAGUAGAUUUAACUAUAUUUCAUAUACCUGGCAUGGAUGUCAAAUUACAAUAUCAGUCAAAGGUCAUUGUGGAAGAUACUCCUUCUGACGACUUCGACAAAGUAUUUGCUUCAGCAACAUCAACUAACGUUCCGUACAGCGAUUCUGAACAAUCCAGGAUUGACAUGGCGUUCAAAAGACAAGAAAGUCAAGCGGAAUUCAAAUCUCAUAGCUUAAAUUCAGAAUUAAAAGGUUCCUCUUCCAUGCAUGGGAUAACUAAUCCUAACUAUGGACAUUCUCCGACUGCAAGCUUAGAAAACUUGCAAUUUGGCACGUAUACUCCACCUGCCAAUGACACCUUCCGAUCUUACCUAAAUCCCAACUUUGCAAACUUACCAAUCAAAAAACAAGGAUUUAAGAAGGCGUCACUAUUUGCGUGGAUGACUCUGCAAAGUGUUCCAGAGGAAACAAUUAUCAGUCCACAUAUUUUAGAAUUUUUGGAACAAACUUUGGAGCCUAUUCCAGCUAAAACUUUGAGCACAGCUGAUACUUCAUUGCUUUCAUCUGAUCAAGAUAUAAACUACGGAAAUUAUGUUUAUGCAAGUUUCCCUGUAGAUGUGGUAGUUUACUUCCAUAUGCAGCCGAGUACUUUUAGAUUUAGUUGUUUGCCAGUUUCUCGGGUAGAGUGUAUGUUACAGUUACCAUCGUUGGAUAUUGUGUUUAGCUCGAAAAGAGCGGAAGACGAAUUAUUUUCAAGUGAAUUUGGAGAUGGCGCUCCAAAUACAGCAGCAACAGCAGUAGGGGGUUUAAGUGUUACUGGAUGUUUAUCAGACUUUUCUGUUUAUAUUUUCCAUCCUUACGGUGGCAAAAAAUCAGCCUUAAAAGAAGCACAAUGGUCGCCGCUAUCUGAUAGCGAAAGAAAGGAUUCCUUGUCAAUUAAUGUGGAAUUUGUAAAGUUUCAUCUAUCAAGGUCCAGAAUGUUAAACUUUAAGCAAGAAACUUUAAAAGGAAUAAAAAGCUCUGACCAAAGCAGGGCUGUCAUACGUUUCUCAACAAUUAUUGAUAUUGGUUCUGCGUCAUUUAAAUACGACAUGAGACGUCUAACUGAAAUAUUAGCCUUUCCAAAAGCAUGGUAUCGUAGAUCGAUUGUGCGACGUAUGUUUUUAGGAGAUCUAAGUAUGUCUGCAACUUACAGUGAGGAAGAUGAAGUUAUUUCUCAUAAAACUUCUCCGGGAUCUUCAAAUAAAUAUGAAAAGUCAACACCUUUACUAGGAAACUCUAAAAAUCGCCAUGACGAACACGUUUCGCAAAAACACAAUAAAAUGCGGGAAAUAGGGAGAGCUUUUAGCGGGGAUUCAUCAGGUGAAACACCUAGUCCUUCGGAACAUAAAAAUUUGACAGCGUGGGAGACUUUAGUACUUUUUGCUGUCAAUUUUAAGAAACUGAACGUCCACAUGAAUAUGGGGAAUGUAAUGGGCAAUGUUUCUUGGAUGACCAAAGACUUUAGAAGCGAUGGUCGCCUUAGUAUCGGAUCAACAGGUCACAAGAAUUUGUACAUUGCUUUUGGCCUUGGUGGUUCAAGCUUAGAUGCCAAAGGAGGUAUAGUAGGUGGAAACAUUGAAAUUGCAAACAUUGAUACUUAUGUGCACAUUCGAGAAGAACCUGAUGUUGAACCAGACCACACGAUUGGUUUAAAACUAAGGGCUUUAGAAUUACGUUUGGACUAUAUGGCAACCUCCGUUCUCAUGUGUAGAGUAAGCGAUUUAAAUGUCAAUUUAAAGGACGAGUGGAAACUUAACAGACCUACGGUUAGGGAAAGUUUUAUGCCAACUCGAAGACCCGCCAGUAUUUUUGUACAUGGAGUUCUAAGCUGGGAUCAACUUCAGCUAAUGAUAUCAAAGUCCACCACAGCUGAUUUGUUGAAAAUGUUUAAUAAACUUGAAGAAUUCUUCUCGCAGCAAUUUAAUAGUAGUAAGCGAGCCUUUAGCGGAUUCUCCUCUAAUAGACCACCAAGAAUUACUCCUCAGAAAAGUAGGGAAACUCCUGCACCUCCCACGCAACCCCUCGAUGCUCCGCCUUCAGAUGCAAGACACCACAGACAUUGGCAAAAAGUGCUUGGCCAAGUGGCUGGUUUGCAACUUAAUACUAUGCAUGUGCCAUUGCCUAGUUUUGGAACUGUAUUGGGAGGUACCAUGGAACUUCACGGAAACAACGUAUCUCUAGCCUGUUUCCACGGUAUUAACUUUAAAAGCAAAUCAUGGGCACUGUUUAGCUUAAGGGAACCUUGCAUUAACUUUAAUACAGAGAGCCAAGAAAUACCAUCCACUAGCGACCCAUCGCCUGCACAAGAUGUUCACGUAGUUCAAACUCUUAUAUGUAGUUUGGGACUUCAUUCCUUGAGACAUCUGUCUAUGGCUACUGUCUGUAAAGUUACGCGUACUGUAAUUUUCCCACCACAAUUCAAAUCUUUGCAAGAAUGGUUUCACUAUGCGUUUGCUAAUAGCCAAAUUGACGAAGUCGAUAAGUUUCCUUCUUUGGAACGGGAAAAAUCUGAAGGCUCUAGCUCUAUAGAAAGAGCGAAUAGAAAUACUGCCAGGCUAGCUGAUCCUAACCAUACUAGAGAAGUAAUUUUUGCUUUACCAGGGUUGCAAAUUCACUUGAAAACUGAACAUUUGCAAAAUGCAUCAGUUCCUGAUUUGAACGAUGACAAACCUAUAGUCGAAUGCAGUUUUAUAACCGAGUUUGAGGAUCACAUAUUCGUAACAGUGGACGCAGAAUCCUUCUUCUUUUUGCAUGACUUAAUUACCUCCUAUCUUCAGGAGAAAGAGAGAGUGCUUGGUGGCUUAGAAAGACGAGGAAUAUCUGAGCAAGAUAAGUUAAAACCAGUUAGCGAGACUCCUUCGAAAAAAGCUUCACUGGAGGGUGAUAUUUUUGCCAAAGAUUGGAGAAACUACAACUGUAAAACCUGGCACUUAGAACCGACAGUUAGGUUGUUAAGCGUUGCAGGAAAAUAUAUCGAACCAUAUGGCAUUGACUACAUCCUACAAAAACUAGGAUUUUCUCACGCACGAACGACUAUUCCCAAAUGGCUACAGCGAGGCUUUAUGGACCCCAUAGACGCGAUAUUGGCUUUGUUGACAUUAAGAGUGGUUCAGAUUGUUAAAGGUGACCAAACGAAUAAAGAAGAAAAGAAAGCUCUAGAAAUUAAAAAGUAAAUCGCUACCGUAGAAGGAUUUACAGUUUUAAAUUAUAUUAAUACUUUCCCGGUUGUAGAUUAUAGGUUGUGUAAGAAAAGUGUUAAUGCUAUGUAGAAUUAUUUAACCGAAUAUAAUAAUCUUUGAGGUAGCUUAAAUUUCUAUAGUAUUGGAUAAAAUAUAUCUUUAAAAGCAUUAAACUAAAAAUGUAUUAAGUGGAUAUUUUAAAUUGGCAUUGGAAACUAUGUUUUUUCUUGUUACAUAAUAGUAGAGUUAAAUUAAAGUUGAAAAGUAUGUUUUAUGGUUCUCCGAUUUGUUGUAUUAGUAUAGGAUUAGCGAUAUUUUAUUCUUUAGAAAACUUCAUGUGAUAUUUUAUUUAAUAAAUUAACUAGUCUUUAAUUUAAGUGAGUUAGCGACUGAUUUGUUGAAGAUAAUUAAAUAAAUUAUUAAAUGCAGUACAUAGUGAAGUACAUACAGAUAGUGAAGAAAACGAAAAUAUGGUGAUUUGUUAUUCUUUUUAAUAUAAUUUCGUUUAUUAAUUUUUAUUUUAUAUUUAUUUAUAAUAUAAGAAUAAAUAAAAUAAGACCAGCUAAA